GAGGGCCGCCCCGAGCCCACACCCCCGCCGCCGAGCGUUCGCCUCCUUCGCCGAGAGCCGGCGCGGCGGCGGCCGCUCGCUCUCGGGCCGCUCCCCCCCCGCCAUGAAGGGCCGUCGGCGGUGGUGCUGGCGGGGGGAGCACCGCCGCUUGGCGCUGCUGCUGGCGCUCUACACGCUGCUGCUGCUGCUGCUGGUGCCCUACGUGCUGGACUACGGAGCCCGGCGGGCGCGGGCGGACGAGGAGCCGCUGCUGCGGCGCUGCCCCAGCCUGGAGGAGGCGCUGAGCGAGUGGGGCUGGGAGCAGCGCCCGCCGCCGCCCGGCGACGACGACGACGACGACGAGGAUGCGGCGGCGGCGGCGGGGAACGGCAGCGGGGCGGGCAAGCGGCACAUCUACCUGCACGCCACCUGGCGCACGGGCUCGUCCUUCCUGGGGGAGCUGUUCAACCAGCACCCCGACGUCUUCUACCUCUACGAGCCCAUGUGGCACCUGUGGCAGGCGCUGUACCCCGGCGACGCGCUCAGCCUGCAGGGCGCCCUGCGCGACAUGCUGCGCGCUCUCUUCCGCUGCGACUUCUCCGUGCUGCGCCUCUACGCCGCCCCCGCCGCCCCUCGCGACCCGCUGGGCGCUGCGCCGCCCGCCGCCAACCUGACCACGGCCGGCAUCUUCGGCUGGCGGACCAACAAGGUGAUCUGCUCGGCGCCGCUCUGCCCCGCCGCGCCGCGGCCGCGCCGCGAGAUCGGCCUGGUGGACGGCGCCGCCUGCGAGCAGCGCUGCCCGCCGCGGGCGCUGCGCGAGCUGGAGGCCGAGUGCCGCAAGUACCCGGUGGUGGUCAUCAAGGACGUGCGGCUGCUGGAGCUGGGCGCGCUGCUGCCGCUGCUGCGGGAGCCCGGCCUCAACCUGCGCGUGGUGCAGCUUUUCCGCGACCCGCGCGCCGUCCACAACUCGCGCCUGAAGGCCAAGCAGGCGCUGCUCCGCGAGAGCAUCCAGGUGCUGCGCAGCCGGCACCGCGCCGAGCCCCGCGGGCCGCCCCGCCCGCAGCAGCCUCCGCUCCCGCCCGGCCUGGGGCUGCUGGGCGCCGGGCGGGCCCCCGCGCAGCACCGCGCCGAGUUCUUCCUCGGCGGAGCGCUGGAGGUGAUCUGCCAGGCGUGGCUCCGCGACCUGCUGCUGGCCCGCCGCAACCCCGCCGCGCUGCGCCGCCGCUACACGCAGCUGCGCUACGAAGACCUGGUGCGGGAACCCCGCGCGCAGCUGCGCCGCCUGCUGCGCUUCGCCGGCCUGCCCGUGCCUCCCGCCAUGGAGGCCUUCGUGGUCAACAUGACCCGCGGCGCCGCCUACUCCUCCGAGCGGCCCUUCCUCAUCUCCGCCCGCGACGCGCGGGAGGCCGUACACGCCUGGAGGGAGCGCCUCAGCCGCCAGCAGGUGCGGCAGGUGGAGGCGGCGUGCGGCGAGGCCAUGAGUUUGCUCGCGUACCCGCUCAGCGCCGGGGAGCGGCGGUAGGGGAUGGAUGGAGAUCCUCCGGCAGCCAGCGAGGGGCGAGGUGGCCGUGUGCGGCGCGGCCGUCGGGCGGCAAGAUCUGAGCGUCUGCUCUGAAGGGGCGUUGGGG